AUGUCGCCAGCAUUGGAUACUACAGCAGGCUCCAAUGGGUCACAAUCUCCAGUUGAAUCCCCAGUCCUGGAGCCCAUUGCGAUUAUUGGAUACUCCUGCCGACUUCCUGGUCAGGUCUCUUCCCCAAGUGAGCUGUGGGAACUAUGCACACGAGGCCGCAGUGGCUGGUGCCCCAUCCCCAACGACCGGUGGUCCCCAGAAGCCUAUCACCACCCAAACCCCUCGAAGCCAGGUACCUCCAACCAAAAGGGUGGCUACUUCGUUGAUGACGUUACACGAUUUGAUGCUCCUUUCUUCAAUGUCAGUGCCCAGGAGGCCGUCGCCAUGGAUCCACAACAGCGCUUCUUGCUAGAAUGUUCAUAUGAAGCAAUGGAGAGCGCUGGUAUUCCCAGAGAAUUCAUGGCCGGACGAAGUGUCGGUGUUUUUAUGGGAGGAAACUUUGCCGACUACGAAGCUAAUAACACGCGCGAUACUGAAACGACUCCCAUGUUUCAAGCCACUGGAUGUGCGCCUGGUUUGAAGUCAAACCGAAUUUCAUACAUGUUCGACCUUCGGGGCCCCAGUUUCACCGUUGACACGGCCUGUUCAUCUUCUCUUGUUGCCUUGCACUCUGCUGUGCAGAGUCUGAGGAACGGAGAAUCUACCGAGGCCCUCGUCGGUGGUUGUCAUUUACUUUUGAACCCUGAAAACUCCAUUACUAUGUCUAUGCAACAGCUUCUCAGUGAGGAAGGACGAACAUAUGCUUUUGAAGAGAGAGGAAAGUCCGGAUUUGCCCGUGGUGAGGGUGCCGGUGUCAUUAUGGUCAAGACUCUCUCUGCUGCCAUUCGUGAUCGCGACCCCAUUCGUGCUGUGAUCAGUCAUUCCGGUCUCAACCAAGACGGAAGAACCAAGGGAAUUACUCUUCCCAACGGCCAGGCCCAAGAGGAUCUGAUUCGCCGAGUUUACCAGGAAGCUGGCUUGAACCCAAGCGACUGUGGUUACGUCGAAGCGCACGGCACAGGUACCGCGGCCGGAGACCCCAUCGAAGCAACUGCUAUUCACGCAGCACUUGGAGAGGGCAGGAACGCAAGAAACCCACUCUAUAUCGGAUCAGUCAAGACCAAUGUUGGCCAUUUGGAAGGUGCUAGUGGUAUUGUUGCUGUUAUCAAGUCGGCUAUGAUGCUUGACAGUGGACUUCUGCUCCCUAAUGCCGAAUACAAAAAGCCCAACCCCAAGAUCCCAUUCGCGCAAUGGAACAUGAAGGUUGUGAACUCGACACGCCCCUGGCCCCGUGGCAAGAAAUAUAUCAGUAUUUCCAACUAUGGCUUCGGUGGUACCAACGCACAUGUUGUCUUGCAAAAGGCCCCUUCACAGCCGACGCCAGAAGAGACUGUCAAGGAAAAAGACGGAAAGCGCCGUCUUAUCGUGAUCUCAGCAAAUGACCGAGAAGCUCUUCGCCAGAGAAGCCGGGACUACGGUAUCUACUUUGAACAGCGUCCUGAGGUGUUCGAAAACACUCUGUUCAGCAACUUUGCCUACACAGUUGGAAGCAAGUUGUCUAAUCUCCCCUUCCGAGUUGCCCUCUCCGCUACAUCCCUCAACGAUGCUGGUAUUCAGCUUGCGCAGAUGAAGAUCAACCCCGCUCGUGUGGUCGGAGGUGACGGUCCCUCGGUUGCAUUUGUCUUCACUGGACAGGGAGCCCAGUGGGCUCAGAUGGGUAUGCCUCUGAUGAAUGAAUACCCUGUCUUUGCCUCUGCUGUCGAGCGCGCCGACAGGUGCCUGUCUCAGGACUUGGGUGCCGACUUCUCCCUUCUCGAGGAGUUGCAGAAAGAUGUGGAAUCCUCCAGGAUUAACACUCCUUACCUGAGUCAACCGGCCUGCACCGCUCUGCAGGUUGCUCUGGUGGACCUACUUCGCUCAUGGGGUAUCCGUCCCAGUUCAGUUGUUGGUCACAGUUCCGGUGAAAUUGGCGCGGCAUACGCUGCAGGCAUUUUCGACCUGGAGGGAGCCAUGACCCUGGCGUACCGCCGCGGUCAAAUGACUGAGUUGCUGAAGAGCAGCUUCCCUGACCUAAAGGGUACCAUGAUGGCGGUUGGCUCUAGUGUGGAAGAUAUCAAGCCUAUGCUCAAGACCCUCUCCGCUGGAUACGCCACUGUGGCCUGUGUCAACAGUCCUUCCAGUGUCACCAUCUCUGGUGAUGUCCCUGCCAUUGAAGAGCUGCAGGUGAUCCUUGAAGACAAGAAGAUUUUCAACCGCAGGCUCAUGAUCGAUGUGGCUUACCACUCCGACCACAUGAAGAACGUCAGUGAGGCAUACUUGAAGGCCAUCGAGUCAGUCCAGCCGUCAGACACUGCCACCGCUACCUUCUACUCCUCUGUGACUGGUGAAAUUAGUCGGGCAACCGAUCUUGGCCCCAGCUACUGGGUCCAGAACUUGACUUCAUCUGUGCUCUUCGCCAAUGCCCUCGCCAAGAUGUGCGGUGGAGAGAAAAAGCCCAACCUCCUCGUUGAAGUUGGACCCCAUUCUGCUCUGAAGGGUCCCAUCCUCGACACCCUGAAGACCCUUGGAACAUCUGUUGCUUCCAAGAUCGGUUAUGCUCCUACAGUUAUGCGUAAGGCCGAUCCCGCUCAGUGUGUUCAAGACGCUGCCGGUGCGGUUUACGUUCGUGGUGGAAUACUGAACAUUAACGAGAUCAACUUCCCUCUCUCCGGCACUGCUUCGUGUACAUUCCUUCGUGAUCUGCCCCGGUACCCCUGGCAGCACGAGACUGAGUUCUGGCACAAGACUCGUAUCACCGAGAAGCACAAGUUCCGUGAUGGAGUCCGAAACGAUGUUCUGGGCGCUGAGGCAUUCUACUCCAAUGACUUGGAGCCGACGUGGAGAAACAUCGUUCGUCUGGACGAUAUCCCUUGGCUUCGUGACCACAAAAUGCAGGGUAUGAGUGUUUACCCCAUUGCUGGUUAUCUGGCCAUGGCAAUUGAGGCCGCUCGCAGACGCUCUGAGAAGUACGGCACUGUUGCCGCCAACUCACAGUUCGAAUUCCGCGAAGUGAGCGUUGGUGCUGCGCUUGUUUUGACAGAGGACACAGAUGCUGAGACUACCAUCACCCUCAAGCCUUACACUGAGGGAACCCGUGGUAACUCUGAUGCCUGGGACGAAUUCCGUAUCUGCUCUUGGAACGACAAGCGUAGUUGGACCGAGCACUGCACUGGUCUGGUCCGCACCCGCCCCAACAAGAAGAACCAGAAGCAGAACUCUGUUGUCAACUCUGUCGAGUUUGAGGAGAAGGUCUUCAGGAAGCGAAUCACCGAGGUCAAGGGUGCCGCUACUUACAAGAUUGACAUCGACAAUCUUUACAAGGUACUUGCAGAGGUCGGCGCUGGUUAUGGAACGCCCUUCCAAGGUCUUGAGAACUGCUUCUCCGACCCUCACCACUCGCGUGCCGACCUGUACGUUCGAGACACCAAGUCCAUGAUGCCCAAGGAAUACGAAGCUCCCUUGACCAUUCACCCCACCUUCUUGGAUGCUUUGCUGCACCUCACAUGGCCUAUUCUUGGAAAGGGUCGUAUGGAGCUCGAAACUCUCUACAUGCCGACUAUGAUCAAGAGCCUUGUCAUUAAUGGAAACCUUUCUGCUACUCCGGGUGAUCACUACCGUGCUUGGUGUAUUGGAGGUUCUGACUUGGUCAAGCCCGAGCCCACCAAAUUCGACUUGUGGGUGACCCCCACCAACUCUAGUGAGGUCUUGAUCAACCUAGAGGGUCUCACCAUGACUCCCAUCAACGACGCUGGAAGUGGUGACAAUGCUACCCGCGAUCUUUGCUACAAGCUUGAGUGGCAAUCGCUGGCUGAUAUCGAGAAGGCUGCCGCCGAGGAAGCUGAAGCCAAGGAAACCAAUGGCCAUGCUAAUGGUGAUACCAAUGGACACACCAAUGGGCAUACCAACGGCCACGCCAACGGCCAUGCAAAUGGCGUCAAUGGACACCACGAAGAGUCCAAGGAUGAGCUUCUGAUUGCUCAAUUUGGCAAGUCUGAAGUUGCUGCCGAGCGCCUAAACGAGGCUAUCUCCAGAGAGGCCAUUCGCUGGUCGACCACUAUCUCUUCCCUGAGUGAUAUCAACACCGACCAGAAGCGCGAGCAUGUUAUCAUCCUGCACACUGCGGCCAAAACCUUGCGUGACCUGACAGAGUCAGACUUUGCCAACAUCCAGAAGACUCUUCUCAACUGCAGCAACGUCAUCUGGGUCUACCGCAAUGACACCCCUGAUUCUCAGAUGAUUGUCGGUCUCACUCGCAGUUUGCGCUCUGAGACUAUGGCCAAGGUUGCCACUCUUGGACUCAGUGCCGAGGACCUGAAGAAGCCCGCUGGCCCUGUUCUGGCUGCCAUGAAGGCCUUGUGGCCCGCUGACGAAUCUAUCAAGCCCUGCAAGGACUUUGAGUUCAAGACCGAGAAUGGCGAGCUCCUUGUUCCCCGUAUCACCAAUGAUACUGCUCUCAACGCAUACGUGCAAAAUGAGACCAGUACUGAGCCCAUGCUCUCGUCCCAGCCUUUCGCUCAGCCCGGUCGUCGUUUCCACCUUGAGAUUGGCAGCUACGGUGCUCUUGACACUCUCUACUUUGCCGAUGACGAAGUUGUGCCGCUGGCUGACGACGAAAUUGAGAUCGAAGUCAAGGCUACCGGUCUCAACUUCAAGGACAUUGUUGUCACUAUGGGACAACUUGCUCAACCUUACAUCGGUAUCGAGUGCAGUGGUGUGGUCUCUUCCAUCGGUAAGAAGGUCACCAACCUGAAGGUUGGCGAACGAGUAAUGGCUUUGCCCCUCGGUGGUUAUUCCACUUUCGCUCGCUGCAAGGGAACCAGUGCGACCGCUAUUCCCGACAACAUCUCGCUCGAGGUUGCUGCUACCGUACCUGUUGUCUUCUGUACUGCGUACUAUGCCCUGUAUGAGCUUGGUCGCCUGAAGAACAACUCAGGCGAGAAGAUUUUGAUCCACGCUGCCGCUGGUGGUGUCGGCCAGGCCGCGAUCAUGCUUGCACAGAUGGCCGAGGCCGAUAUUUACGUGACCGUUGGAAGCGCCGAGAAGAAGGAGUUCCUAAUCACGCAGUACGGUCUCCGCGAGGAUCACAUCUUCUACAGUCGUGAUGCCUCCUUCGGUCGCAGCAUCCGUGAGGUUACUGGUGGUGUUGAUAUUGUUCUAAACUCUCUCGCGGGUGAUCUGCUCCGUGAGACUUGGGAAUGCCUUGCGCCAUUUGGACGCUUCAUUGAGAUCGGUAAGGCGGACAUUACCAAGAACACCCGUCUGGACAUGCAUCCUUUCGAGUACAAUGUCUCCUUCCACUCUGUCGAUUUGACCAAGAUCGCUGCAUACAAGCCCUGGUUGAUGAAGCAGCUCUUGGAUAAUGUUUCCUCCCUGAUGGCUCACGGCUUCAUCCACUCCAUCUUCCCUCUCUCUUCAUACCCCAUUUCCGAAGUCGAGAAGGCUUUCCGUGCUCUGCAGACCGGAAAGUCGAUGGGUAAGAUCGUGGUCAUCCCACAAGAAGGCGACAUGGUCAAUGCAGUCGUCGCUAAGACCGGCUCCAACAUCCUUAAGGCCGACGCCACCUACAUUCUCAUCGGAGGUACGGGUGGCCUGGGCCGAAGCAUGGCCAAGUGGAUGUCACAGAAAGGUGCCCGCAACAUUGUCCUCGUAUCACGAAGUGCUGCAGUGAACGCCCCAGUGCAAGCUCUGAUGGAUGAAUUGGCUCCUAGCGGCACCAACAUCACCGUUAAGGCCUGCGACGUCAGCACUCGCAAGUCUGUCGAUGCUAUGUUGAAGGACAUCGCGGACAUGCCACCAAUCCGUGGUGUCGUCCACGGUGCAAUGGUUCUUCGGGAUAUGCUCUUCGAGAACAUGGACCUCGAAGACUUCGAAGCCGUUACCGCUAGCAAGGUCGACGGUGCUUGGAACCUCCACGAUGCCCUGACCAAGUCUCCUCUUGACUUCUUCGUCGCCCUUUCCUCGGUCUCGGGUGUUGUCGGUAACCGAGGACAAGCCGCCUACGCCGCCGCCAACGUCUUCCUGGACGGCUUCAUGGAGUGGCGUCGCAGCCAGGGUCUCCCUGGUACAACCAUUGAUCUUACUGCCGUGCGCGAUGUCGGUUAUCUCGCCGAGGUCGACACCAAGCGCCAGCAGGAGGUUCUGAAGAACAUCGGUACAGACGGAAUGACCGAAUCAGAAGUGCUGGCGCUUCUGGCUGCGGCCAUCACCGGCGAUCUGGCCAACUCAUGUGGCGGUCAAGCAAUUACCGGCUUGGAAUCCAACACCCACGACCACUUCUGGGAGCAGGACGCCAAGUUCAGCCUUCUGGCCACAGCCAACAAGAACCAGGCAGGCGGUGACUCAAAUGAGGUUGCUCUGCCACUCCACGUGCAGUUCGCCAAAUCCGAAUCUAAGGAGGAGAAAUUGCAGGUUUGCUACACGGCUUUGGCUGCUAAGCUCGCCCAGGUUCUUGUGCUUUCCCUUGAGGAUAUCGAGCCUACUAUCUCGGUCUCCUCACUCGGUUUGGACUCUUUGGUUGCUAUUGAGAUCCGUAACUGGAUUGCCCGUGAGGCAAAUGCCAACGUGCAGGUGUUGGAGCUCCUGUCGACUGGUUCGCUGAUGGCACUUGCUGAUGUCAUCGUAACCAAGUCGCAAAAAUAA